AAGAGAUGAUUUGCAAGAGAUAUGGAGCAAGAUAAAAGGCCAGAUGGAGAUGGCCACUUGUUGGGCUCUUCUCUAACACCAACUCCAUUGCUUAGGCAGCCAAAAAAGGCAAGUCUCUGCAGAUUCAAAAGCCAAGGGUGUCUCCUGCUUCCCAUCUCACUUUCACUAUACUAGCGCAUUUCAACCUCUUCUGCACUCCCUCUCUGUAUUUUUUUAUCUAUAACAAUCUUCUCUGAAGAAUGGAAGGAGAAAAAGGAACAUCUGCAACAAGUGAAAAGAGAAGAAGUUUUAAGAGGAUAUGUGUCUUCUGUGGGAGUAGAGCUGGAUACAAGUCUUCAUUUGGUGAUGCUGCUCUUGAACUUGGUAAAGAACUGGUUGAAAGAAAGAUUGAUUUGGUCUAUGGUGGAGGAAGUGUAGGUCUUAUGGGUUUGAUCUCACAAACUGUAUUUAAUGGAGGUUGCCAUGUUCUUGGAGUGAUGCCUAAGGCUCUCAGUCCUCAUGAGAUAUCUGGAGAAACCAUAGGAGAAAUGAGAACUGUUGCAGACAUGCACCAAAGAAAGGCAGAAAUGGCAAGACAUGCAGAUGCUUUCAUUGCACUUCCUGGUGGCUAUGGAACACUGGAAGAACUGUUAGAGAUAAUUGCCUGGUCUCAGCUAGGAAUUCAUGACAAACCAGUGGGGUUGUUAAAUGUAGAUGGAUAUUAUAACAGCUUGCUUGCCUUGUUUGAUAAGGGAGUUGAAGAAGGUUUCAUAAAAGAUACUGCAAGGCAUAUUGUGGUUAUAGCAGAAACAGCAGCAGAACUCAUCAAGAAGAUGGAGGAGUACACAUCAGUCCAUGAUAAGGUUGUGCCCAGACAAAGUUGGGAAGUGGACCAGUAAUCAGAGUCUACCACAAGUGGGUAACUCCUAGGAUCUUCGAUCUUAAGAAGCCAUCUAUAUAUAUAUA